AAGUAAAGAGUGGCAUCAGCUGAUCGGCGACCCGGCGGCCGUCGUGAAGAACAGAGAUAGUUUUGGGUUGCAGGGCAAGCCAGUGGUGUGGGAACCCAAAGGGAGGCUUGCAGGAUGGCAUAUUGUUCGUGGUUCAAGGAAGAAGUUUACAGGGACCACUUUGAACCAGGUGUGUAUGUUUGUGUAGAGUGCAGUAAUGAGCUCUUCUCCAGCCGAGCUAAGUAUGAGCACGGCACCCCUUGGCCAGCCUUUACACACCCCAUCCAUACCAAAUCCCUGACCAAAGUGCAAGAAGAAAACCGGCCAGGAGCUCUGAAGGUUUCUUGUGGGCAGUGUGGUACUGGAUUAGGUCAUGAAUUCUUGAAGGAUGGCCCAGAUGGUCAGAUGUCACGCUUCUGAAUAUUCUCACACUCCCUCAAGUUUGUGCCAAAACAAGAGGGAGUGGAGUCAUCAGUGGAUAGUCCUGCACAAAUCACUAAUGGCUCAUUAAACAAGACAGAAGGCUGUGACAAGCCUUCAGAAACACCUCCUGGCAAAAUGGAUUGUCAGCUUAUUUAGAGUAUUAUAUUUGAUACAAAUUCCAAUGUGGAAAUAUGCAUAAGUUUUGCAAUGCCUAACCAUAUUAUGAAGUUUUCAUAUUUUUUUUUCUUAAUAAAAAGUGUCUUAUCAAGUAGCAUAUCAUGUAAUUUUUACUUUACAUCUCUACUGUACCUGUUUACUGUUUUUUCUUUUGUGUGGACUAUUCUGGGUGCUGAUUGAAAAGAUCCGCACACACACACACACACACACACACACACACACACACACACACACACACACACACACACACACACACACACACACACACACACACACACACACACACACACACACAGCUCACAGCUGACAACUGAGAAUGCCUGGAUCUGAGUCCCACGUGCGGUGAGGCAAAUGGGUGAGCCUCCUAACUCUUUCACUGCUAUUUGGUACAUCUUUCCUUAAUCACUAACCACUCUGGGACAUUCAUUCUCAUUUUGCAGCCAUAACCAAAACAUUAUACUAGCUGGAAAUUGCAAAAUCUCCUCUUUUCAUCAUAUUCUUUCUUGUAGGUCCUUAUAAAGAUUUAAUAGACUACUUUUAGUGCUGUGACCCAGCAGCAAGUAGUUAUGGGAUGUAAUCCAAGGGACUGUGACCUUGCUGUCCUGAUGUGUGGUGUGUGAGUGGUCUCAAUCCUACCAAAAGAUCAGUCAGUAUGAGCACUUAAGUUCUUCCUGUAGGGGAAUGACUGGCUGGGUGACCAGCAAAUAGCUGUAGGUGAAUGACACACACACACACACACACACACACACACACACACACACACACACACACACACACACACACACACACACACACACACACACACUUGUUUUUAUGAGCAUAUUCUGUGUAAUAAUCUUGCUGCUAAUCAGUUGUGGGUCUGUGAGUAAUGAAGGGAUAGGGGUAAAUCUAGCCUUUAGACCCUUAUCAUGGAAGUGACCACUGAGACAUGACUUAUUGCAAAUGAUUAUUAUGACAAGAGCAAUAACAAGAUACAGAGGAAUCCUAGUUAUCUGGCACAAUUGAUUGAGUUUUUGGUUCAUUGAAGUUUGAUACACAGAUACUGUAUUUUAUGCGGAUAAUGUUUAUUUGGCUAGUACUAAGCUUAAUGACUGAUGUGCCCAUGCCUGAUUCUGGAUGGCUUCACUUUCUAUUGUGAUAGAGAACUCUGUCAUCUCAGUGGUGUAGCACAGAGAUAUGUUGUGAUGAGGUCUAAGUUGUGUAUGUUAAUAACAAUGGUUUUAUUUAUUUUUCGGAUUGCAGUGCUGUUAUUUUGUUAUCUUCUCUACAGUUAUAAGAUAUGUAAGAGCUAUAUUGCAACUGCUUCUUUCUUAGCAGAAACAUAGGAGGCAGUGGGGUGUUGUACAUGUUUGAAAAUUCAGUGUUCUAUUCUCUCUUGUUCUGGUGUGGAGAGAUUGUUCUCCGUAGGAAAGGAUGUUUGAGACCUAAGUAAUGUGUUGGGCUGCUAGAUGAGCAAGUAUUCUUGUAAAUUUUUAUGCUCUGAUUUGCCAAAUGAUCUACAAUUUUUCCCAGGCCUUUGAUUAUAUUGCCUGAACAAAAUGCAUUAAAAGUACACAAACCAUUACCUUUUACAGUCAUAACUUUCUCAGGGCAUCUGAAUGCAUUUUGUUUCAUUUUAUAACUUACUGACAUCAUAGUGGCUUAUUUUUUGUCUUUUUAAUGUCUGAUAUUUCAAGUGGCAAGGGACAUAAGAUGGCAGGCAAUACAUAAAAAAAAAAAAGUUAUUUUAAAUGCCUCUUUUUCUUCUAAAAUUCUAGUUGCUUGAACAUUCUGAAUAUCAUGUACCAUAUUCUCUCAUACUAUAAUUUUUUUGUAAGCUUGAUAUUAAUAGUAAUAUAUAUACAUAUGUAUGAUUAAAAGAUUGUAAGUGUUUUGCAGUUGGGGCAAUGAAGGGUAGAUGCACUCUGCAUGAGUCAACAUCUUGAUGUCACUGGGGCAUUUUGAGUAGAGUAUUUGACACCAAGAGUAGACCUAUCCUCUGUCACAUCCUUCCUUCUAUUUGUGUUCUUUCACUCUGCUUUCUAAUAUCAGUACUGAAAAAAAAUAUGAAAUAAAUUCAUUAGUAAAAAUCAAUCAAUAUAUUAAAAUGAAGGAAAAUUUAUCAUUUAGCUGUUAUGACUCAACUAGAGUGGAUCACCUUCCUCACCUUCCCCUUUGUAUACCACUGUUCUUGCCUAAGUGAUUUAUCCCGCUUUACUGAAUCACACCUCGAAAAUGCUUGAGAGAUCAGAGUUUUAAUAUUUUUUAAAAUUAUAAAAUAAAAAAAAAGUAGUU